UUUAUAUAUAAUAUAAAAUAUAUAAUAUAUAUUAUUUGAUUCUCUUAAACAAAUUUCUUAAUAUAAAUGCGCCAGAUAAAGACAUUGUUUACCCAGAAUAAUAAUGUUCAAGAUCUAAACAGAAAUUUAUCAAUGAACUCACGUACGUGAAUGGCAGCGGAAUUAAAGGCCACUGGAACCCGGCGAAGAGAGGAGAGAGAUACGCGCGUGUAACGCGAUUCACACUGUGCACCGUCGGCGGCGGCGACGAAUAUGAACCUUCGCCGCGCGCGUGCGCGUCGCGUACUCGCUCGCACGCUAUUGGCGGACGCCGCGCGGCGGCGGCUCGUGACGUCAAGCGCCGGCCGGCCAAUGCGCUGGCGCGGCGAGCGACAGUGUCCGCUGUGCGCGCGUGCAACGAGCGUCGUGCGUAAGUGUGUGUGAUAUAUUCGGUGGCCGAGGAGCCACGCGGAACUACGGGUUUCUCUCUCUCUCUUUCUCUCUCGAAGCGGCUCGAUCGCGUGAUGAUGACGCGUUCGCGAAGUCGAUCUGUCAAAAUCGAGAUUUAGUUUCGCAAAACAAAACAAAAAAAAAUCGGAUAUUCUAUAUACAUAAAUAUACAUAUAUACAUCUCUCUCUCUCUCUUGUCGCGUGUGCAACGCGUAUGACUCUCUGUGAACAGCUGGCGGAAGGGACGGAAGGGGGAAGACAGCAAAUGCGUCUGGUCGCGCACGCGGAAAGGAGGAGGGCGACGGAGGAGAGGGAGUGUUGGGGUUAAAAUAUUUCGCCGCGCCUGACAAUUGCUGACAAUUCCGACCCAUCCGUCUCGCCAUCCACGCGGCUCUUCCGAAAAGAAAAGAGAAAGAAAGGAGGAGAAAAAACAGAGAGAAAAAAAAAAAUAACACACUCGCCACGCUACGACACGGUACACGCGUGGACCCGCGCCGUGUUUCACUCGGAACGCGAGCGCCAUUGGCAAUGUCGGGAAGUGACAGCCCAACAUUUUAUCACGGCCAGCCCUGGUCCAGCUGGAUCGAAAGAAUCGGACGGGACAAGCCGCUGAGUGAUGAAGAAACAGAUGUUCAACCGUCAAGCUCAGUCACACGUCUUUCUGCAGAAGACAUUGAUUUAUAUGGCUUCUGUCCAGAAAGGGAUGAUUUUUACGGAGUGGUAUGUGAAAUUUGUAAUGCCAUAGUGAAACCGCAAGCCCUUAUUCAACAUAUGGAGUGUCGCCAUCCUUCAGGCACACCGAACUUUCCGCCUCCAUCGAAUCCGAUCGUGAAGCCGGUUGUGAAGACUCCUUUCUGCAAAGUGUCAAAGCUGAAAAAAACCACCACUCAACUACCAACAUCAUCUUCGUCCUCUUCGAUUCCCAGCGCAGGGAACAUAAAGCUGAACCACACAAUUGUCAAGCGUACUGCGGACCAGACAAACUUAUCCGCGAGCAGCUCGCUACCGAUCUCUCUAUCACCUCGCUCACCCCUGGAAUCUAUCCAGGUGCAAACCGCAUCCCCUAACGUAACCGGACCUUCGAGCCUCAUCAAUGUAUCAACGAACAGCAGCAGCAGUCCUGGCAAAAGCCCCGGGAUCAGCAGCAGCAACAGCAGCAGCGGCAGCCAGCCUCGCCGAAAGAGGCUCAAAACGGAUCGCUCUCUGCUCAAGGACCGCGAAUACGAUCCCGACCGGCACUGUGGCGUCUGGAACGAGGAGACCGGCAAGCCCUGCACCAGGUCACUCACGUGCAAGGCUCACACCGUCUCGCUGCGCCGCACGGUCGUCGGUCGCAGCAAAACCUUCGACAAGCUCCUCGCGGAGCACAGGGCCGCGAAGGAACAGCCGAGCAGCGGCGGCGGCGGCGGCAGCAGCCGGCAGGCGACGAAGAUGACGGUCUCCGGCACCGUUACCGUAUCCUCGGCCGUUACCGUCGCUGCCGCCGCCACCGCGGCGUCCAGCUUAAACACUCCCCUUACUCCAAAUACCCCAGUUUCCAUCGCCGAGCCGGAAGUGUCGCCGAGCUCGCCGCCCGUACUAUCGCUGCCAGACACAUAUCCACUGCCAAAGGCUGUUGAUUUGCUUUAUCGGUGUCUGGCCCCGCAUGGCUCCACUAAACCUACCAAGCUCGAAGAGGACUUCGCCAACGCGGAGGAGCUGCGGAGUCUAGAGUCCACUCUUGUGGUCAACUCUACCGUCGCGACCGCCGACAGCAACAACAGCGGCAGCAACAGCGGCGCCGGAAGCGGCGACGUCGGCUCGUCGCAGCAACAGCAACAACAACAACAAUCCAGCUCGAUGAUGGGACCCAUAUCCGUGAUGCUGCCGUCUCUGUCUCCGUUACCUGGCGCGAGCAACGAAGACUCGCCGGCAGUGGCCACUUUGAUACCCAGCACCGCGACGACUCCUGCCGCGAUGCCGGUUAUAUCGUCAAUGCCACUGCCAACCACCUGCGUGCAACCACCUACGGUAGUCGCGACGGUCUCGCUCGAGGGCGAGACUCCGGUGGACAUCGACGCCGAAAGCAUGUCUAUAUAUUCUCCAGUUUACACCGCGACCACCAAGGAUCAUGCAAAAUCUCAGUUGGUGAUGCAGAUACAAUCAUCGCGACCGAACAGUCAUUCUCAGUCGCAGUCGCCGGUCUCGGUCAGGAGCUACCAGCAUCAGAUACAGGCCUCGAUGCCGAGCCUGAAUCUGUUCGAGCCCGUGGAACAGCUGGAGCAGCAGCACCCCAGUCAGAUCAACGGCAAGAGGCUGAAUCACGCGAACCAGAUGUCCUCGCGGCAGCAGAAGAGGCACGGCAAGUCUCACCAAAGCUUCGAGCAGUCGUUGUCCUGCUCCCAGUCUCAGUCGCAGGACUACUCGACGUCCGCGUCGAUCCAGUUCGAGGCGACGACGACCGCGUCGUCGCCGUAUCCGCACUUCGGCGACAUCUCCUGGUCGAACUGUCAUCCGGAGCCGCUCGCGGUCAGCCGGUGGCUCCGUAUCUCGUCCAGCCGCAAACAGUACAAUUUCAAUAUUCACUGACACAAGACCCCACCCACCCCGGGCUGAGGACUGUGUGCCGCGGGCGUCGUUCAUCUACCUC